UUGAUGGACAGCAGAUUUUUUGCAUAUAGAGCCAAACGCUCACAUCCAACGUCACCAAACUCCUCUUGCUACAUCGUCAUCGUCAUCCUUCCAGACACCACCUGAGGUAGAAUGAGCCCCAAAGAUGUGGUCUUUAAGAAAAUCUGCAAGGACAAAUCGGUGGGCGUCUACAUGGGGAAGCGAGACUUUGUCGACCGUGUGGACUCCGUGGACCCAGUAGAUGGCAUCGUCCUCAUUGACCCGGAGGCACUACAGGGGAGGAAAGUGUUCGUCACUCUGUCCUGCAUUUUUCGCUACGGCCGCGACGACAUGGACGUGAUGGGCAUCGCAUUCUACAGGGAGCUGUACCUGUCCACUCGCCAGGUGUACCCGCCCCUGCAAGACCGCGAGCAGGGCAUCCACACCAAGACUCAAGCCAAGCUGCUGCGUAAGCUGGGGGACAACGCCUACCCGUUUUUCUUUGAGUUUCCCGACAACCUGCCUUGCUCGGUGGCACUCCAGCCGGCCCAACAUGACGUGGGCAAGCAAUGUGCCGUGGAGUUUGAGAUCAAAGCGUUCAGUGCCGAGAGUCAGGACGCCAAAGUACGCAAACGGAGCUCCGUGAAGCUGAUGAUCAGGAAAGUCCAGUACGGUCCAGACAGCGAGGGAGCGGCGCCGUCUGUAGAAAUCACGCAGGACUUUGUCAUGUCGGACAAGCCGCUGCAUGUGAGGGCCAGCCUGGACAAAGAGAUUUAUUACCACGGCGAGACCGUCAAAGUGCAUCUCGAUGUCACCAACAGCUCCACCAAAAACAUUAAGAACAUCAUCCUCUCUGUGGAUCAGGUUGCCACGGUGGUGUUGUACUCCAACGACAGCUACGUCAAAUGUGUCGCCAUCGAUGAAUCGGGGGACGCCGUGUCUGCGGGUGGGACGCUCCAAAAGGUCUACAAACUCCUCCCCCUGCUGGCCAACAACAGAGAGAGGCGGGGCAUCGCUCUGGACGGGAAACUCAAGCACGAAGACACCAACUUGGCGUCGUCCAGCGUCAUCAAGCCGGGCGUCUUAAAGGAAGUUCUGGGAAUGAUGGUGUCCUAUAGAGUCAUGGUCAAGCUCAUCAUUGGAGGCUUGAUGGGGUCAAGUGAGGUGGAACUGGAGCUUCCCUUCAAACUCAUGCACCCAAAACCUGACACAGGAUCGCAAAUUAAUUGUCCUCUUCUUUUUAUACCGUACUCUUGUCACCAGUCAAGGAGAGUGAAAUGGAGGAAGAGAUGGUGUUCCAGGAGUUCAAGCGUUCUUACCUAAAAGGCAUGAUCUGUGACGAUGACGAUGAGGAAGGCAAUGUGUCGGGCGGUGAGGACAUGGCGCCUAAAGAGAAGUGAGCGACGGCUAGCGAAAUAACAGCGCUAGCUAAUUUGAUCAACAUGAGGUUGUACUUGUAAGUAAGAAGUCUUCAUGUAGCCAUGCUACUUUAACUGCUAACUAGCGCAUAUAAAACUUGAUUUUAUACAUUUAUUUUAUCAAACAAAGCAAAAACUAGAUGACUAUCGACAUAUUAGUAAGGUUGACUAUCCGUGCUUCAGUUUGUAUUUGAUAUGACAGAAAGAAGCAUUUAAAUAAAGCACUUCUUUAACACA